AUGAGUCUAUCGACGGUAACAAUAACUUUAAUCUUAGUCAAAUUAAAUGCUGCUUCAUUUGUUCUACCAGAAGGGCAAAGAUGUGACACAUUUUGCAUCUCAAAUUCAACAUUCAACCCAAGUGAAAUAACAGGAGUUUAUUAUUUAAUUCAUAUUCUACCAAGGGACUUUUUGGAGAAAACAUCAUGUAACAGCUUGACUAUUCAACCGCCACAAGGAAAUCGGCAAGAUUAUGUAUUUUCAGAUACAAUUAACGGUGCUAGACGACAUAUUCCUGGAUAUUUUGUUUCACGUGGAUCACAAGUUGACAUCUAUCAUUCCGAACGUUAG